AACUGCCCAGGUCUUUCAUUAGGUCGCUUGGUGCUUGUCUGGGGGCUUUUCUGGGGCUGUGAUUUCUGUGUUGUUGUAUAUUUUAAAUUCCCUCUGGUGCGUAUGAUUGGCUCCGGGUUGUGCAAUUUUUUUUUAAAGCAGCUUGAACAGGCUGCGCUGCUCCCUGUGUUUGGAAACUAAACUAAUCUGAAGGGCAGGUACCUGUGUGUGGAGGGGCCAUGGCUGCCAGGGACCUGGCCAGGAGCUUCCAGGACGAGGUGACGUGUCCCCUCUGCCUGGAGUAUUUCACAGACCCGGUGAUCACACACUGUGGGCACAAUUUCUGCCGGGCCUGCCUCAGCCGGUGCUGGGGGGAGUCGGAGCCCAACUUCUCCUGCCCCCAGUGCAGAGAGACCAUCCUGCAGAGACACCUGCGGCCCAACUACCAGCUGGGGAACCUGGUGGAGCUGGUGAAACACCUGCGGCUCCCGGCGGGGCCAGCGCCCGAGGGGCAGCCAGGGUGCGAGAGGCACCAGGAGUCCCUGAAGCUCUUCUGCCAGGAGGAUCAAGCCCCCAUCUGUGUGGUGUGCGACAGGUCCCGGGAGCACCGCACACACACGGUGGUGCCUAUCGAGGAGGCUGCCCAGGAGUGCAAGGAGAAACUCCAGGGGGCCCUGGGCCUGCUCAGGGAGCAGCUGGAGGAGGCCCAGGUGCUGACAUUCCCCAGCAGCGCUCCCAGGGCGAAGGAGCUGAAAGCUCCAGGACGAGGCUAUGAAGCUGCUCUGGCAGAUCAAAGCUAG